AUGGCCAAACACAAGAAAACACCCGCCCCAGCCCCACCACCACCGGCAGCAUCAUCCGCUGGGAAGAGCUCGUCAUCCAGCGGGAAAAAAGACACCAAGAAGAAACCCCCAGCAGCCGAAGACGACAGUUUCAUCGUCUUCACCAACUCAGACAAGGACCCCAAGCGCCGCACAGGUGGUGGUCCCAGCAAAGGCGGUCCUUCCUCCGCUGGUCAGCAACAAGAAAGUAUUGACUCUGGCCCCCCAAAACCAACAGUCAAGCAAAUCAUCGGCGGCGCUUCCUGGACGGGAAAACUACCAGUCAAUCUCCUCUCUGAGCACUGCCAACGCCAGAAAUGGGAUCGUCCAGAGUACAACACCAUGAAGACCAAGGAUGGGUUUUCGGUUAUCGUCUCUUUAUCUGCUCGCAACCCGAAAACGCAAGAAGUGACGAAAUUGCCGCCUUUUAAACUGCCGCCUAGUCAUGUCCAUUUGGCGAUUAAACCGACUGCGUUGGAGGCGAAGCAUUUCGCGGCGACGUAUGCGCUUUUUAGGGUUUGUAGUAUGAAGAAUAUUCAUAUGACGCUGCCGCCGGAUCAUAGGGGGUAUUGGAAGGAGUUGGAGCAGUUGAAGAGGGAGGAUGUGAAG